AUGAGAAGGCUGCGCUGGCCGCUGAGCUAGCAGCCAUGACAGACCCAAUGGAACGAAGAGAGAGGGAAGACAAGCAAAAGUUAGCAUGGAAGUUGAGAAUGAAGAGGGAGAAGAAGAGGAGGAGAGAGGAAGUGAAUAAGAUGACCGCAGCAGUGGCAAAGGUGCAGGAGUGUAGAGCGGAGGUGCUGGCCCAACCAAAUGAUAAGGCCAAGUGGGACAAAGUACUGGGCUAUCUAGAGGUGUUGAGCAAGGCUUGGAUGGAGGAGCGUCAGGCAAGCUGGAGCCAGGAUGUAGCGUUGAGUGCCAUGCGGUCCGGGUUCAGGGAUUUUGCGCGCAAAAUCGUCACCCACAUUGGGGGCGAAGUCAAACAGUUGAGGGACAAUGUAGGGAAGUUUUGUGAGGGCGCCAUUCAGGGUGUCAAAGCUGCAGCCGCUGUAGAAGGAGAGGGCAGACCCCGUACGGACCCUGUGAAACUUAAGUUCCCAGACGCGUACGGGGGAAAGAAGGACGAGAACUUUGACAACUGGGAGGCCAGUGUCAAUAGUUAUAUUUAUUUACAGCAUAUCCUGAUAGAGGAGCAAGUCCUCGUGGCCUUCCAGGCCCUGAAGGAUGAAGCGGCUAGCUUCGCCAGGUCUCUCGCGCGUACAGYSGGUUGUGAAAACAACCUGGUUGCAUAUUCCAAAGUCACUCCUCUUUCCCAAUUCCUCAAGCUCCUCAAGGAGCGGUUCGCUGACCCAACGCGAGGCAUUAGAGCCUCUGAUAAGCUCCAAACGAUCCACUCUCGGCAGUGGAGGAGUGCUAAGGCACUCAAGAGUACUAUGGACGACUUGGUAGCCGUCCCGGACCACGGGGUCACUGAGCCCCAGYUGGUCCAGUUGUUUUAUCGCUUCGCUAACUACUAUAGGAAGUUUGUGAGGAACUUCUCCACUCUCGCCGCUCCCUUGCGCCGAUUGCUGAAGAAAGAGGCAAUCUGGCAAUGGGACAAAGACUCUACGUCUGCGCUCAAGAAGCUAAAGCGCGCGUUAAUAGAGUAUCCUGUCCUCAAAGUUGCAGAUCCGUCUUUGCCAUUUGUCGUCACCACGGACGCGAGUCAGUAUGGGAUAGGCGUUGUGUUGCAGCAAGACGACGGCAAUGGCUAUAGACCCGUAGAGUUCAUGUCAGCGAGGAUGGCCUGUGAGAAGGUUGCUGCCUCCACGUACGAAAGAGAACUCUACGCUCUCAGGCAGGCUUUAGAUCAUUGGAAGCACUACCUGCUUGGGAGGCACUUCAGAGUGUAUUCGGACCACGAAACGCUUAGAUGGUUAAAGACUCAGGCCAAGAUGACACCUAAGUUGACUAGGUGGGCCGCAGAGAUAGACCAAUUCGACUUUGAGUUCAAGCCAGUGAAGGGCAAGUACAACGUAGUUGCGGAUGCUCUGAGUAGGAGAUCAGACUACUUUGGAGCUGUAGUACACUAUCUGGAUAUAGGGAGAGACCUGCAGGAGAAAGUGAGGCAAGCAUAUGCACAGGACCCUAUCUAUARCGACCUCCUAAASAGAGUUAGAGAGGCCCCAGAGACUGAAYCAGAYUACCGCACUACAGACGGGUUGYUGUUUGAGAAGACUAAUGUGUUUGACCGCCUGUGCGUUCCCAACAGCGAAGAGAUCCGCAGUUUGRUUUUAGGGGAAUGCCACGAUACUGAAGGGCAUUUCRRUUSGCAAAAGACAUUAGCCAACCUGAUGCGUGCGUAUACCUGGCCAAGGAUGAAGAAUGACUGCAUAGAGUAUGUCCGCAGUUGUAAAGUGUGCCAGAGGAAUAAGUCUACUACACACGCGCCCCUAGGUCUUCUCGGACCCUUGCCUAUUCUGGAUCAGCCGGGAGACUCCGUGUCCAUAGACUUCAUGGACACCCAAGUCAAGAGUAGACAUGGUAAGAGCCAAGUCAUGGUCGUAGUUGACCGUUUUAGUAAAUAUGCAGUUUUCGUCCCUUUGCCUGCAGAGGCACGUACGGACUUAGUUAUACAGAAGUUUUUUGACUUUUGGGUUAGUGAGAAUGGAAUCCCAGUGUCGAUAGUUAGUGAUAGAGACAGUCGUUUCACCAGCCAGAACUGGCAAGAACUCAUGAGAGUCUACGGAUCUAAGUUGUUAAUGUCGUCCGGCCGUCACCCAGAGACUAACGGUCAGACAAAACAGAUCCUACAGCAAGUUCUGCGCAUGUACAUUAGACCAGAUCAGAUUAACUGGGAUGAGAUGUUGCCUAAGGUCGCUAGUGCAUACAACAACAGCGUGCAUCUAUCCACCUGCCGCACUCCCAAUGAGUUGCACAAGUCCUUUAAACCGCGCAGACUGUUCGAAGGACUGAGCCGGGAUCAGAUUCACAGAUUACCGCCCGGUACCAGGGAGUUUGCGAUACGGCACGAAAAGGAGCUAGCCACUGUUGUUGAGAACCUUCGGAAGGCCCAGCACAGAAUGAUAGAGCAGGCUAACAAGCACCGUCACCCAUCACAGUUUCAAGUAGGUGACUUAGUCUGGGUCAAAGCAAAAGAGUUUGCACCGGAAGAAAACAUCUCGCAGAAGUUACUGCCUGCAUAUAGAGGACCGUGGCCGGUUCUAGAAGUCAAGGGCGGAGAGGAUGGACCGUCCUACAACAUUGAGAUUCCAGCACACCUCCACACAUACCCUGUGUUUCAUGCUUCAAAGCUGCUGCCGUGUGUCACAAGUCAACAGUUCCCUUCAAGGAGAUCCAUGAUCCCACCGGAUAUGGAUGGAAGCUAUGACAUAGAGGGCAUUGUAGAAGAGGACGUGUUUAGGACAGAAGGUAGAGGUCGUCCCCAGAAACAGUAUAAAGUCCGGUUUGCCUAUCAGGAACCAGAAGACGACCGCUGGUUCACGAAAGCAGAACUUCUAGAGACUGCUCCCGACAUAGUCAGAGCCUAUGAGCGUGACAAGAAAGGUAAAGGUCCCGCCUUGGACUGAAAUUUUCCCGGAGGACCUCGAAUUUAGGACGGCGGGAGUGAAACGGUUCUCACCUUUUAGCAGUAGCGGAUGCAGUACCUAGGGUUCGAUCCCUAGACCUCACCCUACCGAUGUACAGUAUCUGUGUAGACCCCGAUUAUUGAACCUGUGACCUGUGCAUUCAUAGGCAGUUGGUAGGCCUGUCGUAGGUCCAUAGGCAGCAGGGGUUCGAUCUGUAGGUCUAUAGCGUAGGAGUCUUAGUGAGUUCCCGAAACUUAGCUGUAGACCUUCUAGAAGGUAGGCAAGUGGUCAAGUGGUGAGGCAAGUGGUGGACUAAACCGCAGUGCAACAGCAGUACACCGUCGGUAGGAUAGCGGUGAGUCCACAGUCAGUCAGCGGAAGGUCCUGUCAGUCCCAGUCCGGUCCAGCAAGUACCACAGGGGGACUGUGAGCACCAAGGGCCGAUGGCAAAGGGCAGACCAACGAGUUUCUGAAGUAUAAAUCAAGAGGCAGCGCCCAG